GGAGACCAGAUAUAGUGAAUGCAGGGUCCAGGGAGACCGGAUAUAGUGAAUGCAGGGUCCUGGGAGACCAGAUAUAGUGAAUGCAGGGUCUGGGGAGAGCGGAUAUAGUGAAUGCAGGGUCCGGGGAGAGCGGAUAUAGUGAAUGCAGGGUCCGGGGAGAGCGGAUAUAGUGAAUGCAGGGUCCUGGGUUUAGUAACACUUUAUUCCUGGUUUGUGGAUUUAGAAUGGGAGCUCCAGACAGACUAGGUAAGUAAAUGAGCGUUGUCACCCGAUGACAGGAAGUAUGUUACUUGCAGGAUCAACAGGUGCAAAUAAAGUAGAA